AUGCCAGCUGAUAGAAAUAUGAACCGUUCUCGAUACGACUUGGACCAUGAUUGCUGCAUUUAUCAGCGCAAGCGGUUUGAUGUGGAGAGAAAAAGCCUGUUGGAUUUCGAGUCCUGCCAUGAACCGCUACGGAUCGUCCACGUGCUUCCCUGCAGAUGUAGAAUGCGCCGGAUACAGCAGUUACAAGAAAUGACAACAUUUGACCAAUGA